AUGGAGGGUGACGAGGAGGCGGUGGCGGCGGGGUUCCGCAAGGAUGUCGUCUCCAAACUGCUGCACUUGUAUCUGGAGGAGGGCAAGACGAAAGUCAGUUCCGAUGCCGUAUUAGUCAUGGCCGAGCUUCUGAAAGUAUUUGUUACUGAGGCAGCAGCUCGCGCAGCGCGUCAGGCCAAGUCGGAAGAUUCAGUGGUGGUGCAUAUAGAACAGGUGGAGAAGAUCCUUCCACAACUGCUUCUGGACUUCUAGAUGAAAUUCUGUAUUCCUCAA